GGCUGCGGCAUAUAUCGGUUUUUCGUGUCAAUUCGGUCGCACAAAAGUUAAUAACUCCUAAAAAAUGUUCAUUUUAGUUUUACAUGAUAACAUACUUGCAGCGCCGGUACCAGCGCACCAAAAGCCCGUCCAUCUACAUUAUUUGCGACAUAAACACUAAUUUUGCGAUUGUCAUAGCAAAAACCAGUCUUAUAGUUAUGCAAAUGCACAUAAUAGUUAUUGUAAAAAGGUUAUCGGGCGUGUCCUACCGUGUUUUAUUUAUGCAUUGCCAACGAACAAAAUCAGAGAGGACUUCUGUUUCACAAAAAUCGGUUUCGUACAGUCUUCGUGCAUAAAACCAUAUACUUCAGUAAUAGAUUGUCUAGAAUCUUGUCCAAUCACCUGCUUUUCCAGGUAUUUCAUUAGCAUCGAAAUGCUGGUCUGCUGGGACCUCUAGGCAAUAUCCCAAAAACCUUUCGACGACGCCGUCCUAACUAUGUUGCUGUUCCCAUGACACAGGAGGACACUGCUAACACAACAACUUUCUCAUCAUCUUAAUUUGUUGCAGUUAGAAAACCACUUUCUAUUUUAUCGGCCACAGAUGGAAACUGGUAAACGAAAUUCUCAUGACAACAGUGAAUAAAUCCGCGCUCAGUUUUUUUCCUGCUUACUUUUCACAAACUAUAAGCAACACGCUCGCUGUCUUAGAUAAUAGUAACUCUUGCGCCAACUUCCUUGGUAUUCGAAGGGGAUGCCCGUAGGUUUUCUUAGGUUACUUUAGUUGCUUGAACGAUAUAAUAAGUUCGCAAUUUUCACAGCUUCUAUCUUUAUCAGCCAUCGAAACGAUAUGGCAUUAGGAGGAAGUUCCAGUAUUUUUACGACAACUCGGAGGAGUGUGCACCAUACAAAUAAAAACGGCCCCAGUCCCACAUCACCAGCCGUUCCUUAAUAGCACCGGAAGUCACUUAAAUGUUCUUACCAGAAUAAUACAGAAUCAGAAAAAUCCCCACUCUGAACACUUGCCGCUUGUAGCAAUAACCAACAGCUGUCGUUCGAACAGAUCAGAACAGUUAAACUAUUCAGUAUGUAGUAGAUCCCGACAACGUCACACGUCUGCAGCUCAAGAAAUCAUCUGUACAGGAACGGUGCGACAGUCCUAACCCAUCGGCAGUAUAAAGAUCAGCUGAACUAAAAUUCUUAAGCUAUUCAGUGUUUGAGUUAUCCGAACAAUGCAUUCUUUUGGUUUUUAUACGCUGCGUGAAGUUCCACCGGGAUGACCAUCCAUUCGUUACUGUUAAGUCCACGUGAGCUAGUCUUUAAACUUAGUAAUCUGGCCUGGCUUUGGGCUUCUGGGUCUAUUGACACACAUCGCUACUCCCGUCCUAAGAGAGAAUUCUUCACUUAAGGCUUCCUUUACGUCUGCAGCCUUCCCCGGACGUUUCCAUUUUUGGAAUGUUUCCUGUGGUCUCUCAACAAUUUUCCUUCCCACCAGUGCUCUUCUUGCUCUAUGAUACGUACAGCAAAUGGCAAAACUGACAAACAAGUAGACAAAUAAGCGAACUCGAAUAAAAAUAAAGUACGACUAGGCAGCGAAGAUAAUACUAAUUUUAAAAGGAGCAAUAUUUUAUGUGGGAAAAUCGUAAAUAGUGAAAACAUGCAUAAUGCAAUCUAUGAUGUAAGCAUCGUUUCCAACAGUAGAGAACAAAGGCGAAUGAAGGAAGGGGAUCAUGGAAAUGUCUGUGAGUUUCCUAAUCGACGGCGUUGUGUUUGCCGAAACUAGCGUAUCAGGAUAAUUUGUCCUGACCCAACUGUGAGAAACUCGGCGCCUCGAUGAGCUUCGAAUCGACCACAAGGGGAGACUUUAGUGCAGCCAAUGCUCUAGCCACCUAAGCUUCGAAACCCCAUCGGGAGACGUGGGUUUGAUCACAAUUGGUCAAGUUACCCGCCCAACCUACUGCAAUGUCUGGAAUCCACCAAAUCUGAUGCAGUAAACUGACUGAUCAGGCAGGAUUUUGUAAGUAAUCCGUCUAAAAUCCACCAGAUGACAACCAGACCCACGUAGUUCAGGGGAGUUUUGGUGGAUAAACCUGGAAAGCAUUUUCCAGUACAGUUUGUCUAUGUAGAAAACAUCUCGCCAUUUAACCGUUUAGGAGGCAGUUGUGGGCCGAGUUGACCAUGGCCCCUCAUAACUGAAGGAAAUCGACACCAGAAUAAAGACCUACAACCAGUAUUCUGGUUGUAGGUCUUUAUUCUGGCAAGAGCUCAAGAAACGGCUUUGGCCCGAUUCUAUGGUCUCCCAAAGGUGCACAAGGAGGGCGCUCCUCUCCUGCCCAUUGUUUCGCUCAAAGGCACUCCAACGUACGGACUGGUAAGAUGGCUGUUUUGGCGCCUCAAAUUUCUGACCGCUGAUUCGGACACCACGGUCUGUUCGUCAACGCAAUUCCUGGAGAAGCUUAAAGGAGUAAGUCUCUUGCCCAAUGAGGUCAUGGUAUCUUUUGAUGUCACGUCCCUCUUUACUUCUAUCCCCCAGGAUCUGGCAAUUGAGACCGUCCAGCUACUCCUACGAAACAAAUACGAUGAAACGGAGAAUCGUCUCGGACAUGCCCAAGUCCUUCAGCUCCUAAAGUUCUGUCUCAGGACGUACUUCACGUUUGACGGAACAAUCUACGAGCAAGUGAAGGGAACACCAAUGGGCUCGCCGAUUUGGGGAUUCAUCGCCGAGGCGGUGCUACAGCGGUUAGAGUCGCUGGUCCUCCAACACCACAGACCGAAAUUCUGGGCUCGGUAUGUGGACGAUACCUUCGUCGUCAUCGAACGGGAUCAGGUGCUAACGUUCAAAGAACGUCUCAACAGCGUCUUCCCGGACAUACAAUUCACGAUGGAGGAGGAAGAGAACAACCAGCUGGCAUUCCUUGAUGUCCUCGUCUGUCGCAAAGAUUGUGGUGGCCUAAAGACCAAAGUGUUCAGAAAAGCAACGAACACGACGCAAAUUCUGAACUUCAACAGUAACCACCCAAUCUGCCACAAACGCAGUUGCGUAAGAACGCUAUUUCGGCGUGUUGAAACGCAUUGCAGUGA